UGUGCUGGAUGCUAAGUAAUAGGGAAGUGUGUCGACCAAAACAAAUGAAAAUGUCUCAAGUUGAAAAUCUUCAGUAUUUGAGAGGUUUUGGAUCAGAAUUCAGCUCAGAAGAUCCACGAUGUCCAGGAGCUUUACCCAAAGGGCAAAACAGUCCCCAAAAAUGUCCCUAUGGACUAUACGCCGAGCAGCUUUCAGGAUCUGCCUUUACUGCUCCUAGGAGUGAUAAUCGAAGAACUUGGCUUUACAGAAUUAGACCUUCGGUUGGCCAUAAACUAUAUGGGCAAUUUCCAAAGGGGAAUGUAGUCCAUGAUUGGACAGAAUGCGAACCCAAUCCAAACCAGAUGCGUUGGAAGCCAUUCGAUUUGCCAUCUUAUGGGGAAUCAGUAGAUUUUGUCGAAGGUUUAAAUACCGUUUGUGGUGCAGGUGAUCCAAAAUUAAAAGUUGGUCUUGCCAUACACAUUUAUAGUUGCAACGUUCCGAUGAAGAAUCGCGGUUUUUAUAAUGCUGACGGAGAUUUUUUAAUAGUACCACAAGUGGGUACCUUAAAGAUUACGACAGAAUUUGGCCGAUUAGAAAUACAGCCCAACGAAAUUGUCGUAAUUCAACAGGGAAUGCGAUUUAAUGUUAAUGUAACUGGGCCUUCGAGAGGGUAUAUCUUGGAAAUUUUUGGGCGACAUUUUGUGUUACCUGAUUUGGGCCCUAUUGGUGCCAAUGGACUCGCAAAUCCUAGGGACUUUUUAACCCCUGUGGCCUGGUACGAAGACAGAGACGAAAUUUACGAAAUCGUUUCCAAAUAUCAAGGGAAACUCUUUGUAUGCGAGCAGGACCAUAGUCCUUUUGAUGUGGUUGCUUGGCAUGGAAAUUACGUACCAUACAAAUACAACUUGGAAAACUUUAUGGUCAUAAAUUCAGUAUCUUUUGACCAUUGUGACCCAUCAAUUUUUACUGUUCUCAGUUGUCAGUCUGAUCAAAAAGGUACCGCGAUAGCAGACUUUGUUAUCUUUCCUCCUCGGUGGUCUGUUCAAGAACAUACUUUUAGACCACCUUAUUAUCACCGAAAUUGCAUGUCAGAAUUUAUGGGGUUGAUAUUAGGCCAAUAUGAGGCAAAACGCGACGGUUUCAACCCUGGAGGAGCCACUUUACAUAGCAUCAUGACACCCCACGGUCCUGACGUAAAAUGUUUUGAACAAGCCAGCAAUGAAGAAUUGGUACCAUUCAGAGUUGCUGAUGGAACACAGGCUUUCAUGUUUGAAAGUUGUUUAGGCUUGGCAGUUACAAAAUGGGGUGCUAAAGUUUGUCAAAAACUAGACCCAGAUUACUUCAAAUGCUGGCAAGGUUUGAAGAAACAUUUUAAGGAACCAGAAUUCGUAUAAAACAGCAUAUUCGUAAUAAAAUACCAGUAUAUUUUUUGGCAUUUUACACUUUUAUUUUUAUAAAUACUUCUAAUCAUUAAAUUUGUAUAUUAUUGCCAAUAAAGAUAAACAAAUAUAAUAAAGCAAACGUUUAUGUUCUUAAAAAUGGCGUUCAAAAUGAUACGUUUAUUAUGCUAGUAUCUAUUAUAUCUGACGGUGGCAUCAUUGUAGACACUUCUAGAUAUGUCAAGAGAAAUCUAUGGUGAAGAGAUUAAUGUCAAUAAUAAUAAUAAUAGUAAAUAUACAACAUUGUAGUAAAAAUUGUAAGUAUUUUAUAAAUAAAAUGAGUUUAUUAAGUUUGGAAUCGUUUGAGGCAGCUAUUUUACCCAAAGUGGAAUUUGAUAUCGUCUAUGAGGAGGAUUUAAUAUGCAAAUAUAAUUUAAUCGAUCAUGAUGUACAAGAAGGAGACAGGAUAGCAAUAUUUAAGUUAGGGUGGCAAUUUCUUAAGGACUAUGUCGUUUUUGAGUGGGUCACCAGCAAAAGUGGUUCAGUAACCUUUAAAG